AUGAGUAACGAUCUUCAACCAGGAAUAUCUGGUGUGAAAGAAGGGUGUCAAACACCAGAUGGCUACAUCUCUCAGAUUCCAGGACUGUCUCCAUCAGUCGUCAGUUGCCCUGAGGAGAGGGCCCGAGGAAAAAGGGUCACAGUCCAGGAGAGCGAUUCGGACUACGUGAAGCUUGCAAAACAAGGAGGACAUAAAGGGCUGCUGUGGCAUGAAGAUGAAGAAACAGCUACCAGUACUUCCAAUACAAAUUCAUACAAACCUCCAAACUGGUUCAGUGCCUCAUCAGAAGACACCAUCAAGCAAAACAAAGAGGAGAAAAACCCUGGAGCAUUACAGCCACUGGUGUCUCCCUUUUGGACUGACAGUAUGUCGACUUGGGAAAGAGGUGGUGACAGCAGCAAUGAAAAAGAAAAGACCAUGAAUGUUCUGUCCAACCAGAUGGAGGAGUUGAAGACAUCCAGUCUGUAUGAGACAAGCAAAUACAAGAGGCUUGUAUUUGACAAGAGACCAGAGCCUGUUGACAUGGCAAAGCUGUUGAGCUUUGGUUACGCAGAGGGCAACAAACCCGGGCAGUGACAUGUUGCACGGGAAAACUGCCAGAAGCACAAGGUCAACUCCAAGAAGA